UCAAGAGACAAAGUUGAAAGGGCGGGAAGUCUCUGUUUAAGUUCCUGGCUGGUGCUCUUUGAGGGAAUUCCGGUUGUGAUGGCACCUUGCAAAAUGCCCUUCUCUGCCCUCUUGGCGGCUUCUCUGCUGAUGUCUUCAAGUGGGACCAACAUUGAGGAGGAAAUCAAUGAGACCAUCAUAUGUACUAAGGACCUGAUUGAAGUAGAAAUUCCGAGUACAUUCUUCCUGUCAAAGAAGCCUCCAAUAUUAGUCUCUGAUUUACACCUUAAUGACCCAGCAUGUCAUGGUACUCAAGUAGGAAACCUCUACAUAUUCAGCAUUAAGACCAACUUCACAGACUGUGGAACACGAAUGGAUUCCGAUGGUGCACAUAUUAUUUUCACCAACACCAUACAGAACAACCUCUCUGAUAUAAUCACAAGAACUUUUAUCAAUAUCACAUUUGCCUGCCGAUAUCCUAUUAAUUAUAUGGUACAGCAACCUAAUGGAGAAAAUAAAAUCAGUGUUGAUAUCAGGACCAUUACACUAAAUACAGAAGAUGGAAAUUUCUCUGUAUCCAUGAUGCUGUACAAAGAUUGGCAUUUUGAAGACAUGUGGACUACCAUUCCCUUUCUGACUCUAGAGGACAACAUAUUUGUCAAAGUGAAAAUGGUCCCAGGCAACUUAAUCAUUAGGCUCGAAAACUGCUGGUCUACCCCAACGAAGGAUCCUGUUCACGCUGUCCAGUAUUCUUUUAUCAGAGACAGCUGCCCACAAUUUGUAAAAGAUGAAACCCUAUCAGUAAUAACAAAUGGAGAAGGCGAAGAAGCACUCUUCAGGAUCCAAAUGUUCAAAUUUGUUGGCAUCGCAUACAACCAUGUUUUCUUACACUGCACAGUUCAGAUUUGUCAUGGCACAACAGCUGCUUGUAAACCAAACUGCACAGGUGACAGUCUGACCAGAACUAAAAGAGAAGUCCCACCCUUUUCUAGUCACAUGGUAUCUUAUGGCCCUAUAAAGCGAAAGGUGGAAGAUAAUGAAGAGACUAAUGUUGACGGAGGAAAACUUCUACCAGUAGAAAUUUUGAUCCUUAGUGGAAUUCUGAUGGCUGUACUAGCGACAACUGUAAUUUUUGGAAACCUUUUUCUUCAGUCACGGAGGACCUACCCUACUAUGCAAGCACAACUAACAAUGUCCCGUUUUCUCAAUUCUGAAGUACCAUCAUGAUUAACUGUUCCCAUAUAUUUACAUAUUCUAUAGAAAUCUACAGAUUUUUUUAUCUAGCUAUAAGUAAAGAUUACCCAAAGUAGGUAAAUAAUAAAUGCAAGUGAACCUACAAUUUGA